GCCCGAAACGGACUUACCUUACCGUCGCACAUCAUGAAGACUGCUCUUUCCCUCGCCGUCCUCUGCGUCGUUCUCGCCGUCGCCGCUGCCGGCGGCUUCGGUUUGGGCCACGGCAUCGGAGGCUACGGCCUCGGUGGUCACGGCAUCGGAGGCUACGGCCUCGGUGGUCACGGCAUCGGCGGAUACGGCCUCGGCGGAUUCGGCGGCGGUCUCGGUGGUCUCGGCGGCUUCGGUCACGGCUUUGGUGGUAACUAUGGAGGAAGCUACGGAGGAAGCUACGGUGGAUCCUACGGAGGACGCUACGGGGGCCACUACGGGGGUCUCGGCGGUGGCUUCUUCGGAUAGAUUACUAUUCUGGACUACCUUUAUCACCAGCAAAUA